CUUUCAUCCAUCCUUUCUUUCUUUCUUUCUGUCUUUCUUUCUUUCUUUCUUUCUUUCUUUCAUUCAUUCAUUCAUUCAUCCUUUCUUUCUUUCUUUCUUUCUUUCAUUCAUCCUUUCUUUCUUUCUGUAUAACAUACCAUAAAAUACAAUAAUGGAAAUAAUAAUAGAGCACUAAACUAUGAACUAUAUGCUGUACACGAGCCAUGUGGAUGCAUGUGAUGUAAAUAUAUCUCUGCCCUCAUGAUGGCGACACUGAGACACGCUGACCAAAACAGCAAUAAUACAAAUAUAACUGUGCAGUUGAGAUAGGUAUAAACGGAGGUCAGAACCAGCUCCAAAUGGGCUGGGCCUUGUUAAUAUGCCCUACACCAAACCCAACCCUAAAGCUACCCUCCCUCUUGUGAGCAGUACAUGAACCUACUUGCGGCAUAAAGUCCCUCCCACCUGGAGGUCUCCGGGCUGCAGCGAUAUAUACUUCGUGCAGUUUGGUUUAAAAUCCAUAGUUCCAAUUCAGUAUGGUUCAGAAACGCUAAAGUGAACCAUACGAACGCCAAAGAAAGGCUAUAACUACUACAUAAUCUAUCUUAUUAUGAUUUAGCGUGUGUAUAUUAUUAUAACGCAUUGAGUGCUUAGAGUUAAAGGGGGAAAUACUUCACCGCGUCCCAUCUAUCAUUAUAAAGCAAUUACCCGGAAAAACAUCCCGUCAGACCUGUAUUUUCCCUUUUAACCAACGGUUGAAUAUCGUGAGUAAUCUUGAGCUGUUCACCUGUAGCACAGGUAGAUUAGGCUCCGCCCACCACACACACAUUUCGCCAGAGUGCUUCUGGUGCUCACAGAGCUCAACAUGUUCUUGAAGAAUGGACAGCUCAAAACCACCACAUAAUGAACUGGACUAUACUACAGUGGGUGCUUCUUCUGGCAUCUGCUGGGAAAAUCCAUAGCCGUGCUCUGCGUUUCACCGUCCUGGAGGAGCAAGAAGCAGGCGUUAAGUUCGGAAGUCUAAGCACGACCUACUCAGCUCCAUACCGGCUCCUCAAUGAAAGAUACAUCAGGGUGGAUGAGAGCUCAGGGGAUCUGUUUACUAAAGAGCGCAUAGACAGAGAGACCUUGUGUCCAUCAAAACAGGAUGGGAACUGUACUUUUUCGAAUACCGCAGUCGUGAGUCUUAAUUAUGAAGUCGUGCCGAUGAUAAUCGUUGUGGAUGAUAUUAAUGACAAUGCUCCUAUUUUCGAGAGGAAUGUGAUUCCUCUGCACAUACCUGAAGAUGCAUCAAUUGGGACUGCUUUCCCACUGGAUGACCAAGCCCAGGAUAAGGAUACGGGCGAUAAUGGCACGAUACGUUACUAUUUGGAAGACUCUGGUGGCUUUUUUAGCAUCAGACAAGAUGGGCAUGAACUCGAGCUGGUAGUACAAAGGGAACUGGACCGGGAAAUUCAGGAAAACCAUCUCUUGGUUCUUCUAGCAGUAGACGGAGGUUCAGUACCACUCAGCGUUACAGCUAAUCUCAGUGUAACUGUAACCGAUGUUGAUGACAAUUGCCCAGAGUUUGAUGCCGACAGUCCCACCACAGCCAUUGUGCCGGCUUUAGGAGUCAAGGGCACUGCGGUGGCCCAGCUUAAAGCCACAGACAAAGACCUGGGCCAAAAUGCCCAGAUCGCAUUCUCCUUCAGCCGUCAGAUCUCAGACAGAGCCAAAGCGCUCUUUCACAUGGAUGGACACACAGGCCUGAUCAGCUUAGCUGUUGACGCGCAGGUUGACAGUCCCGAGGAGCACACGUUGAAAGUCUUUGCGAAUAGCCCACUUUGCCCCCCUGCGCAAACUCAGGUAACCGUAUACAUGCAGCCAGUGACGAGCCCAGAGCCGUCCGUAAAGAUCAAGUUUGUCGCCGAGCAUAAAAACCAAGUGAUCGUGUUACAAGAAAACGAGCCCCCCACCGUCUUGGCGCUCUUGGAGCUGGAAGACACCUCUACUGCUAAUGGUACUCUGUCCUUAGACAAAGACAGCAUGCCGUUUUCUUUGAAGCCGCAAGCAGGCAGCUAUUUGCUUUCAACAUCAAAACCCCUAGAUUUUGAGAUGUGCAGCGAGUAUGAGGUUACAGUUAUUAUUUCUGAUCCUCACGGCACACGUCUACACAGAAGGGAAGUGAUCAAAGUGCUGGUUGAAGAUGUGAAUGAUAAUGCCCCGAAGUUUGAACAAACACGUUAUGAAAAGGACAUCAGGGAGAAUAACGAGCCUGGAGUGUUUCUGCUGAGAGUCCAGGCUAGCGACGCAGACAGCCAGCAGUUUGGCAAAGUAAGGUACGGGCUUUCAAAUGAAGGACCUUUCAGAAUUGACGAAGAGACGGGUGUGAUAUCGGUGGUGGAGUCUUUGGAUAGAGAACAGCAGGAGACAUACGUCCUGACCAUUCUGGCCCUGGACGGUGGCGAACCGUCUCAGGAGGGCUUUGCUACUGUGUCCGUAAAUAUACUGGAUCUGAAUGACAAUCCACCGACAUUUCCUACCCCACAUUUCUAUUUCUUCGUGUCUGAGAGCCUUCCACAACUUGCCCAAGUUGGGAAAGUCACAGCAAGCGAUAGCGAUGAAGGAGAGAACGGCCGGAUAGUGGAUGUCCGUAUUUUAAACGAUGAGGUCCCUUUUGCCAUAGACCUGGUGCAAGGAUCGCUCCGCAGUACUGGUGAAGUCGACCGCGAGAAGCAAGACCGCUAUGAGCUUCUGGUUGUAGCUGUAGACGGCGGCAGUCCGGUUCUUUCCGCCACAGCAAAAAUGACCAUUUUUAUUGAGGAUGUCAAUGAUAAUCAACCCCGGGUCCUUCUUCCUAGCAGCAACCUCUCCUGUCUGACCAUAUCCCCGGCUACUCGAGCAGGAAGCAUGAUAACAAAGAUUUACGCCAUUGAUGAGGACUCAGGAAUGAAUUCGGAUAUCACUUACCAAAUUAUUGCAACCAAACCGACUCUCCACAGCCCCUUCCAGAUUGACCAGCACUCAGGAAACAUUACUCUGGUCCAGCAUCUGCGCGGCGAGGACUACGGCAUGCACCACCUCUUCAUAGUCGUUCGCGACGGAGGAAAGCCAGACCCGCUGCAGAGCACCGUGUGGGUCAACCUGCUGGUCAACGAGACAUUGGAGAAAUGUCACGUGAAUGCCGUUCCAGAUUACUCGCCGCCUCCACUGCCUCCUCCAAUGCCUGUCAAAGACUGCAGGUGUGAAUCAAAUGCCUGGCUUAUUUUUUAUUGUGGCCUGUGUCUGAUGGUCAUCUCAGUCUGUGUUCUCCUGGCGGUCGUAGUGGUGUUUAUGAAGCACAGAAAGACAAAAAGGAAAGUGGAAAAAAAGGAUGUAUGGGAAACUGGAAAUCUCUGUGAACUGAAACCUUUGAACUAAAGCAAAGGCUCAGCAGAUACACCAGUAAAAUGUUUGUGUAAUAGUAAUAUAUUGUAGUAGUAUUAGUUUGGCCUAAUGUGUUAGAUACCUGCUUCCUUUGAUGAUGUGUUUCCAUCUUACACAAAAUUAAAACAAAAUAAACCCUUAAAAUCUUUUUCUAAAUAAUAUUUAAAGAGAUUAAUGCACUUAUAUAUGUUUAAUUCUCUGCCAGCAAUAUUGUGACAUUCAGUGAAGAACGAUGAAAUUCUUUAUACAGGUGCAGUCUUGCAGAAAGAAAAAUACACUUGUUUUUGUUCUCAUGUUUCUCCUUCAGUGAGCUGUUGUGUUGGUUUUACAAGCUUUUAUGGAUUAGUCGUGCUGUAGUCUGAUGCACACAGCCUACACCGUCAUCUCAAUCUAACAGUCUUACUGGUAUAUUUUCAAAAAAGAAAAUAUCUUUGUACAAAGCAGUUGAAACAAGGCCAUGUCUCUUUUAUACUGAGUUCAGGAAAUGACAUCAAGCCUAUUAGAUUUUUUUUUUUUUUUUUUUGUGCACAAUUUAUUAAACUAUUAGUUAAUGCUAACUGAAAUAAUAGCCAAAUAGCUUAUAAUAAAUAAAGAAUAUAUUAUAAAUAAGUUAUAUAUAGAUUAUAAAGAAGCAUUACUAUUGAGAUAAAUUGAGAUGCUCUUGAGGGUGAACUUCAACCUUCAACCAUAAUAACUUAAAUAUGAUUAUGUACAAAUAUUGCACAUAUAAAGGUGAAUAUUUACAUGUACAUAUAUUAUGAAGCGUAUCACUGAAUAUAAUGUAUUACAUAGUCACAUAUUUUUCAAUAUGUGAAAAAUUCCAUAUGUAAUUCUUUAUGUGUUAUUCAAUAUGUCUUAAUAUAUUGAGUAAAUGUAUUAUUCUGUAUAUUUCAGAGGUACAUUAAAUAAAUAAUAUUGAUUGUUAUAUAUAAGGAAAUAUAUUGUCUUUAUAUUUUCUUUGCAUAAUGGUAAG